AUGGCUGCUAACCUUGCCAUGAAUGUAAAUUGCCUACCAGCGACGUCGCCGCUAGGUCUCAUCGUCUCCAACAUCCAGGAUUCUUCUAAACCGCUAUCGAUUCACAUCGCCAGACAUUUGAUGAUUCUCAACCGGUCCCUGAUUGGUUUACAACUCCUCAACCGCCACGUUAAAAGUAAAUUGGACAAGGGAGCCAACUGGAACGUUCUCUUCGGUUCCUGUUUCCCAGGCGAUUUACAAGUUACAGCCGUGACGAGAAAAUUGCGCCAAGUGGAACAAGCCAUCCGGGCGGGCGGCGUACUCAUCCUGUGUCACGCUGAUCAGUUGUUCGAAUCACUCUACAUGGUCCUGAAUCAACAAUACUGGGCUCAAGGUGAAGUCACCAUGACUCAGAUUGCUCUGGGUCCUUCCAUCCGAGCCAUUGCUCUUCCCAGCGGACCGUUUCGAAUCAUCGCCCUGCAGGAUACCGACGUGGCACUCAAUCGAGAGUUGAUGUCUCCAGCCAUUUUGUCCAGAUUUGAAAAGCACGAACUGAGACCUUCUCAUCUCCUAGAUAACACCGGGAAAACAUGGCUGAAUGCUAUUGAGUCGCAUUCCAUCUGGUUAGCUGUUCCGGAAGUGAUCAAGAGACAAAAGCUGAUCUACGGUUAUCACGAAGAAUCCCUCGCUUCCUUGGCUCUCCAUUUGCAGGAUGGAGGAAUCAAGAUGGACUUCAAAAAAGUAGACAAAGAGGGUCCAAAUUUUGCGAAUACUAUCUGGAUGCGAGCCGCCGACCCAAUGGCCAUGAUCAAAUUGGAACGGAAUUCCAGUUGCCAUUGUCCCUCAUUGAAGGAUUUUUGCUUGUACUACCGCAACAAUUUUGUUUUGGAAAGCAUUGACGACGCUCUCCGGAAUGUCAGAUCGAAUCGAAUGGUCAUCAUGACCAAAACACUUCGCCAUUUGGAGAUUACCCUGGUCGACUCAUUCACUAUCCGGCUGUUUGACGUCCAAAGUGAACUUGAAUUCAUCCGGCUGCUGGAUUCCAUCGACGAUGAAGAUUUAGCUGAUCCCGACUUCUGUCUCAUUGUCCAGUACGACGCGGUGACUGGUCCGAUCGAGCAAUUUCAACUGGCCAAGUUCGAAGUGGACCAACGUUUUGAAAAAACCAAAUGCCGUGUCGCUUUCGUCGUUCACGUCGAUCCACGCCCAAUCAAUAUGCACUGGGUCUUUUCCUUUGGCGAUGGUUGGGACUAUUGCUUCGUUGACGAGGUCCUUCAUAGCGGCCUAGCAAAUCAACACCAAAUACCAUUACGAGAGCUCAUCCGAUCGCCUGGUGACCAAAUGUUGUCGAAGUUUAUCGAAAAUUUGCCGAACGAAUCGUUCAAGUCAUUGCUGCUGGAAAUGCUCGGUCCCGUUUUGCAGACAAGCCUUGCCAGCUUACGUUCUUUCUUGGGGCAAUUCUACAGUGGAAUGCGGACGGCCUUAGGACUACCAGGCAAUGAACUCUUGCUCGAAUUGCUGAAAGAGUGUUUAAUAGCCCAAGUAAAAGAGAGCAGAAUCACCUGGAACGUAGUCGAGGCCUUCAUUGACUCCAAUUUUGAUUCUUCUUCUUCAUUGACACAGAGUCUGUGGGGUGUUUUCAAGCACAAAAUCAGCAACCCACUUGCCAAUCUUUUACUCGUCAGUGAUGUCUGGCGCGUAUCCGACAAAUCGACAAUGAAUCUGUGGUGUGACUUUGUCGUAGCCAACUAUCCUGAUCGAUUAUUGGCGCCCAACUCAUCCGAUUCCCUCGUUCAAAUGCCGUUCGGUUUUCGCUCUUGUACUCGACUUUUCGGCCGGUUGUUGGCCAAUUUCGACCUUGGUUACGCCCAACGCUCUGACUCGCGCUUGAAUGGCCCGCUGCAGUGGCUAAUCGAUAGUGUGGCUGGAAACCAAGAAGAAGAAUCCCAAGAAAUUAAAGAAGCUUAUUUUCUUGAUUGGUUUCUGCUACGCAUUCCUCCGCAUCUGCAUCGCUGCUUGAGAAAAGUACCGUUGUCAAAAAUGAGUACUAUUAUCGACAGCCUGUUUGAAGAAACCAACGAGUUUUUUCUCGACUGGCAAAAGUGGCAAAAUGAAGUGAUUGCUGCUCUUGAACUGGUAAGCAUUGCUUCCUUCGCUAGGGCGGACCUGGAUAAUGGCGACUUUUGGUGCGAUUCCCCCGUCCGGAUGCGUGAUUGGAAACUGUUCACGGAAGCAGCGGCUCGCUUGUCGAUGGCAGGGUUGGCUUCACCCGAUGUCAUCAGGACUCACGAAAGAUUUAUGCAGGCGAUCUCAUCCAUUGAAGCGAGUCCAGCUCUCACAAAUUUACUGGAUCGCGUGGAAGACAUAUCUCAACUCUGGCUGGGUUUGAGAAUCACCAAACGGAUCCUGCUCUUUGAUCCCGAGUCGGAGAUUAAAUUGCUGGAAUUGCAGGUUUCUGAUAGGCUGUUUGGCAACUUGACGGAGUUGGUCAUCACCUCAGUCAUCCGACCAAGAGUCUCUAGUGGAAAUCAAGCGAGAAGGAUUGUCCGCCAGGCAGAUUUGUACGCCUUGCUCAAGAGCACGUCAGCUUGUAGGUCUCCGGAAGAACUUGGCCAAAUCCUUGGAGAAUGCCCCACCACUCAUUCCAUCGUGCUGCUUGAAGAGAAUGUCGCCGGAGCAGGUAUCAAUGGGCAUUGUUCCAGUUGCGCUUAUCCACUGACUACAGAAGAAGACGAGAUCCAGGCCUUCCAUUUAAUGGCGCCAAGUAACGAAACAAUCGAAUCCCUCUUCCAGGAUCAUCAGAAAUUCAUGUUCUUCUUCGAACGUGUGGCCGAACUCUUUAUUCAGCAGCACAAGAACAAUCCGCGCAAUAUCCGAGACUUUUUGCAGCGCAUUCUAAGCUCCGAUUUCCGUAUCCGCGUCUCUUGGCGAUUUUUUACCGCCAUCGUACGGACAAUCUUGUCGACUCGAUCCGGCGUUAGAAUCAUCGACGAGCUCCUGUUGUCAACCCGCUGCAAUCGGCUGACUCGCCAACUCAACGCCAACGCUCACAGUUUAUUGCUUGCGUUACUCGCUUGCGCCGACCAGGAUGUUGAAAAUGACCCGGAAGAGGAGGAAACAGCCCAAGAUGUGCUUCAAGCCGCCAUGACGGGCAACUGGACGGUUGGACGGAUUCGACAACUAGCCCUCAUCCGACAGCAACUCUCCAGGAGUGAUGAUGGAGUAGAGAAUGUCAUCGAAGAAUGGGCUCGUUGGCGGAAAAGUCAGCCAGAUCAAACCGUCGCCGACUCUCUGCUCUUCUUCAUCCUGCGCUUCGCCUCCGCCGAGGGAGAUGACACUCGGCUGUGCAACAUGUUUCGCAAUCAGAGAAUAGUUGAACAUCUUAACCGUCACAAAAUUAUUAAAGACUACGUCAAUUCCUUAUCACCACUGUCGCUGGGUUUCCCUUUGGAAUCUGCGGCCGUUACAGUCAACCCUUUUCAAGAGCGCCUUUUGAAUGGUGAGAUCUUUGGUAAUGGAGCCUUCGAGCAUUAUCGUCUGCUGCUGAACCUCCAACCCAACUGGGCUCCCUUCGUCGCUCGAUUGGCUUAUCACGCGUUUGACAUCUUUGAAGCCAAAAGAAUUAACUUCCUGAGAGUAAUGACUACCAAUCUGAUCGCUUCGGCCGAAUUUAUUUUACCCGGAAUCGACAAUCAUCCCUACCUGCCCAGUUUUAAUUUGGAACCAACUCGCUGGUAUUUUUGCAGCUGUGGUGCCUUAAACUGCAUUGGCGACUGCGGACAGCCAGUGACGGUAUCUGUCUGCCCCAAUUGCAGCACAGCACUUGGCCAUAAUCAUGUACUCCGUCAUGGCGUCCGUCACGCUACGCCCCAAGACUUUCUUCCGCCCAGAGGCAUGCACGUAACCCGAACGCCCUCUAGGACACCAACUUUUGCUGUGAGAAACUGUUCUCCAGCCGUUACCCGAUUUGCACAUUUGCUCAAUGCACUCGCCUUGAUGGUUGCAGCCUUGAAUCCACGGACCGGCCCCGCUCAAAUCGCCACUGUGCUGCUCACGUUGCCAUUGGCGGAACGCCAGCCAGUUGAGGAUCGUCGUUCGCUCGUUCGACUGCUUUCGAAUCACGUCAUCAUCCAUCUAGAUCUCCUUUGUCAGUUGCUGGUGACCGCUAGACCGCAGCUCAAUAUGACGGACAAAUUCCGAAUCGGACAUUUGUUGCUGCAUAAAUUGUUUGCUUCGACAAAUCCCUCAUUUGUUGCCAACGCGGCCAAUUUCACGAACGGAACACAGGCCAGAGAAGCAUUUGAAAAUGGAUUAGCUGAACUGCUGGCCCAGCAGGUCAAUCUGGCGGAAGAGCUCGACCACAUCGCCGGACAAUCUGACGAAGCAUCGAAGGCGUUCCGCCAAUCUUUAUUGCACAAUGAAACGUCGCACUGGGCCUACGCUCGAAGGAUCUUUGCCGAUCGACAAUCUGUCCAACUAGAACUCGCCAGAAAUGGACAAUUGCGCCGGAGUUUCCCGUUCCUGGAUUUAUUGCUGGAUGACGAAAAUGGAAUGCGGAAGCUGAACGCUUUGCAAUACCUUGGCGAAGCUAUGCGUUUCAUCGCCCUUGUUCGCACCGUUUUACUUGGCGAAAUAACUCUAGAAGAAGCCAAUCGUAUGACCAUCGCCCAGGGAUUGGAAAAGAUCACGGAAAUCGUUUUGCAGAAAACGAUCCUUCUGGAUCGAGGACGUCCGGUUGCCUCCCGAGACCACGUGAUGCAUCUCUUUGACGGCUUCAAGCAACUGUGGGAUCGAUUCAGUCAGUUGGAGAACGUGGAGAAGAAAACUUUCUUGGAUUAUUUCGAGUGCCAACAAGUCGAUGUCAAUAUCCGGCCCAAAACCGUGCUGGAUCCGACAGCUCCACUUAUCCUCAUUUUGGCCGGCAGUGAACUGCCUGAGACUACUUUCAGUUGUCAAUUAUUAAGUCACGCUGUGGAAGCCGCAUCUUCUAUCGCUCUCACCAGCUUCAUCCAGCCUCUUUGCCAGACAGGCUCGGGUCGGGUCCGGCUCUCUUGCAGCAGUACAGCAGCUUUGGCCGACUUUGACGAGUCUUUGUACGCUCACGUUUCCACUGAAGAAGUCGAUCGCUUUAUCCGCGAUCACGUCAUCGAUCACACCACUCUGCCCCUAGCAGAAUCCUUUGCCAUGACUGCCGUUUUAGGAUCGGCCGGCAGCACUAUUGCAGAAGACCUUUCUUUUGAAACGAUUCCCGAAUUUAUUUUCAAAGAAGACGUGGAAUCGGGAAAUUUUCAAGCGAUCCUCGAGAGACGUUCUCUACCUUGGCAGCCGUCUUCCAUUCCUCCACAAUUGCAGGAACUCAUCCUGGCGGAUUUGGAGAAGAAUCGAAGCUUAGCUGAGGCUAGAUCGAUCCUGAUUUCGGCAAUCACACAUCUCCAUUCUAAUACUGAGCCCCUUAUCAUUAGCAAGGUGCGAAAGUAUUACAUAUCGGACGUACUGGACGAACUAUUGCGGGCAGAAGUCCUGACCGAGCGUCACAUGUCGAACGCCACGCUGGGCGUUCUCAAUCGUCAUUUGAGACUGGAAGUUCGUCACGCGUUUGGUUUGCUCAAAGCCAUCAUGGCGCGAAUGAAGGGUGACGAUAUUUUUGGCGGCCGAAUCCCCGAGGGCUGGACAACGAUGAUGCCCGAACACUUGGCUCAGCUGUCGAGCCAAAAGUUGCGUGCUGAUACCCAAUCAGGUGAUGGAGUUCUGGAGACUUUGUUGCAAAUGGUUAACAUUGUUUCUGCAUCCCAGCCCGUUCCAAUUGAUCUUACGCCCGACAACUCUCUGCUGUACGCCAUCCGACAAAUCGAAGGCCCUGAAUGGGACGGAAUUCCCGCUGAGCUAAAGAUGGAACAUCUUGGUCAUGUGCUGCUGAUUGCAGAGUCCCUUGACAACAAAUAGUUCCUCUUCUUAAUUAUUGCACUCCCUGUUUUAACUUUCUUCUCGUUUGUUUUUUGUUUUUAAAAAUCCAGAAUUAUUAUCCAUUAAAUAAUUCAAUCACAAGUUCCCUGUUUCAAGUCAUGACCUUUUCAGUUGCUGUAGCAAUGCUUAAUACUUAAAGCGU